AGAUAAAAAAGAAGAUAUUAUAGGUUAUAUUUUGGAACACAAUGUUUUUUAUCAGAUUUAUAAGAUUCAAUAUGGUAUAAAUACAAUCAUAUAUUUAUGUUAAGUUAUAAAUAAGCAAACUGCUAAUCCGAGAAUAUCAAAAGAAUAAAAAUGCGUGAAAAUAAAAAAUUGAAAAUAUCCUUUAUCCAUCCGGAUCUUGGAAUUGGUGGUGCAGAAAGAUUAGUAUUGGAUAUGGCUGGAGCUUUAGCCGAUGCUGGAAACGAAAUAAAAUUUAUCACAACUCACUUUGAUCCCACUCAUGCGUUUGAUGAACUGAAGAAUGGUAAAUACUCAGUAGAUGUGUUUGGAGAUUGGUUACCAAGAAGUGUAUUUGGAAGAUUUCAAGCAUUAUGUGCUUAUAUACGUAUGGUUUAUUUGUCAAUAGUUUACAUAUUAUUCUUUAGAAAUUAUGAUAAACAAGAUUUAUUUAUUACUGAUUUAAUACCUGUAGCUAAUGUCUUUUUGAAACUUGCAAAUGAGAAAGUAAUUUAUUAUUGUCAUCAUCCAGAUUUACUGGCAAGUACACCGGGUGGGAUGUUGAAAAAAAUUUAUAGGACGCCAAUAGAUUGGUUAGAAAUGAAAACAACUGAACAAGCAGAUAUAAUUUUAGUAAACAGCCAAUAUACUGCAUCUGUGUUUCAUAAGACAUUUCCACAAAUAGAGAAAGAUAUCCAAAUUUUAUAUCCUACUAUAGCCAGUUCAUAUCAAGAUACUGUGAAGAAACUAACAUACAUGAAACCUAUUGAAGAAUUAGUUCCUGAUAUUAAGAAAGACGGCAAAAAAAUCGUAUUUUUGUCAUUAAAUAGGUUUCAUCCUGCUAAACGGUUAGAAUUUGCCAUUCUUGCAUUAGCAAGAUUACAAACCAUUGUUUCUAAAGAUGACUGGGAGAAAAUCUAUCUUAUCAUUGCAGGAGGUUAUGACCCACAAUCUUCUAUAAAUGCUAGAACAUUUAACAGACUUGUUGAUUUGACAAAAGAAAACAAAUUAGAACACAAAGUUAUAUUUUUAAAAUCACCCAAUGAUGACUUGAAAGCUGAACUGCUAAAUUCAUGUAGUUGUCUACUAUAUACUCCAAUUAAAGAACAUUUUGGCAUAGUACCAUUAGAAGCUAUGCUUGUUUCUAAACCUGUAAUUGCUAUAAACAGUGGUGGUCCUCGUGAAACUGUUGAUCAUGGUAUAACAGGUUAUCUUUGUGAACCAUCCGGGGACAGUAUGGCAGAUUUUAUGGCUAGAAUUGUGUCUGAAAAUUAUGAGAUAAUGGGUGCUAGAGGAAAAAAAAGAUUGGAUGAAAAAUUCUCCUAUAGUAGUUUUCAAAAGUGUUUACAAAAUGUCAUGAAAAAGUUAUUACAGCAAAAUGUUAAAAAGAGUGAAUAAAUAUUUAAAAUUAAA